CCAUUUUUACAGCUGAUUUUCUGACAGUUUCACGUGUUCUCAACAAAGGUAUUUCUUUUGUGAGAAAAACCAGGAUUUUAAGAAGAAAUGUGCAAUAAAACCCAUAUAAAGUGAAAAUUAAAUUGUUCAAUUGCCUAAUUGUGUUAUUGUAAACGAAAAUCAAAUUAAGGUUCAUCAUGAAAUCCACAUUUAAAAAGUGCCUUGCAGAAGUUUCCCAGACGGAGAAUGGACUUCUUGGGAUUGUCCUCGAAAUCCUGACGUCCAAAAGAUUGCUAGUGGAUCAUCAGGAAAUCCUUGAGGAUUUUAUCCAAUCACCUCAAUGCAAACCAAUUGAUUCUUAUUGUUUCACCUUUAGAAAGUCAAUGGGAAUAUUUCUAGGAUCACUGGGAAUCACUGAAUUCCUGAAAAUGGUGGAAAUCCACUCAAAAUUUAUCCUUCUGCCCCCUCUAUUUGCCUCUGGCUAUUGCCUCCUAUCCUCAGUCAAAGAAUAUCGAGAUUUCAGGAACAAAGGACGAGUAUCAAAGGUCAGAAAGUUAAUACAAAAUCUCAAUGAUUUUGAUACGUCCCUCAGGAAGCAAAUAAUGUUCCUGCGGGAAAUAUCCCUGUUCAGGGGCAAAAUCAAAUGUUCAGAGGAAUGGGAAGGAAAUUUAGCUGUGAAAACUAUUCAAUCUAUCCGGAAAGUAACAUUGUUGAUUUACAAUGAGAUCAGGGAUCUGGAGGAAAAGCUAAAGAUCCCGACAAGAUAUCAGGGAAUCUACCAGCCAUUGGACAAUUUGGAAGAUUGUGAAUAUUUCCAGAAGACUGAGGAAGAAUUUCAGGGAAAGCACAUUAAGGAAUUUUUUAAUAUUUUCCUGUACAUCCAAUCGGAAUUCCUGCUCAGAAUCCCUUUUGUCGUUGCAUCGGAAGACAAUGGAUUUUCUAUGUGCGAGGGGAAUAUAUCAAAAAUCUGCCAAAUUGUUCAGAAGGAACUAAAAGAAAACUCUGAGAAUCUCGAUUACUUCCUGCAGCCAACUUCUACAGAUCUUAGCAGAUUUUCUCUGGACAAUAAUGAAGCCAAAGGUGAAAUGCAUCAAUUUUCCUGCUUGAAAUCCGCUUCAGGAGCUAUUCUAACGAAAUUUCUGGCCUUAGCGACUCAAUUGAAAAUCUUCGAUGGGAAUCUCCAAGCGGUUCAGGCUCCAGAUGAGGAUUCCCUCCGGAAGGAUUUGCAGAAAAUGAAAGAAACACUCGAAACUUUGAGUGUUACUUUCACCUGCAUCAAUUUGGAAUUUGAAAAUCUUAACUUAAUUUACAACAAAAUCCUCAAUCUUCCAUCCAGAGCUCUGGGAGAUCUCCAAAUUCCCCAGAACAGCUCCGAGGAACAAUCUGGUAAGAAGAUUGAGGAUCUAACUGUCAAUCCUGCCACAGAUGAAUUCUUUCAUUUGGACGCUUCAAAAGAACCCGAUUGGAAAAAGCCAGAGAAUGACUUUGAUCUAGCAGAUUACGAAUACGAUCGCGUUAAUCAGAAAUUAAUAAAAUCAACGUUCAAACCUGUUCUUGUGCAGCUCCGGAAACGGAUUCAUCCUCUGCACGAUGCCAUGAAGGAGCGCGAAAGACAAUUUCUGCAAAAUCGCGGAGUCCCCCUUCCGGAAGAUUCAGACGGAGGCGGAGACUAUUCCGACAGUCUCGAUGAGAAAUCCAAUUCAGAAUCCGACGAAGAAGAUUCACUUUCGCAAAAACACCGUUCAAAGCCUGGAAAGUAUGAGGAAAAUCGGGAAUUUUUGCAGGAAAAACAACAAAUUGGACUAUUUUUCUCUCUUCCGCCUCCUCAGAAUUUACUAUCCGAAGAUGUUCUCGAAUGAGAAGCUUUUCUUCUUAAUAAUUUUUUUUCAUUGAUAACAUUUACACUCUCUUUAUUGCAUCUCUAUAAUAAUAAUUUAUUUUCAUUGUUAUCUUCACGCAAAUUUAUUUUACUUCGCCCUGCCAGAAGGGCGAAUUCUUGAGUGGAAUUUUGUCAAUGUGGACAUCAUUUUUUUUUAAAUUUGAAAUUAAAAUGUAGUUCAAAUAUAUUUUUCUGCUCUCUCACUCUAUUCUAUGUGAAAUAAAAAUGUUGAAAAAAAUAA